AUGGGAUUCCUGCUCUGGGCUUUACGUGCAAGUUUUGGGAACACACCCAAGGCGAGGCGGCCCGUGGGCCUGAGCCGGCCUUUCCCCGAUUUUCUGUCCGAGGAGAUAGCAGCACGAGCGGGACCGGCCUCGGGACUCCCCUGGGCCCAGCACUUGGAUGGAGACGGGGCAGACGAGCCCGGUUUUUAUUAUGUUCUGCUGGCCUGUCACGGGGAGCAGAAACUGCUGGCUUUUCAUCUGAUGACCCGCAGGAAGCAUUUGCACACCCAGCACUUUUCGCACAAUGGGUAUGCAAUAAUGAUGAGAGAAGGCAACGAUAUCAAAGACUGUGGAAAUAAAGAGAAAUUGAGUGAAAUCCUAGGCACCAGACAAAUUAGGAGAGAAAAGAGACGUUUAGGGGCCACUUUGACCUGCCGCCUGGGGCCGAGAUUCUUGGUCUAUGUCAGCUGUGCGCUUUCUAUAUGGGGAGACCGGAUGUGGCACUUUGCUCUGUCUGUGUUCCUGAUAGAGUUAUAUGGUCGCAACCUUCUUCUGACCGCAGUUUUUGGCUUAGUGGUAGCCGGCUCGGUGUUGGUGUUUGGGGUUUUAAUUGGAGAUUGGAUUGACAGAAAACCGAGAAAUAAAGUUGCCCACGCAUCCCUGUUCCUUCAGAACUCCUCGGUCACUGCCUGCUGCGUGGUCCUCAUGUUGGUGUUCUCCUACAAAAGUGAGAUCGAAGGCGUUUGGCAGGGCUGGCUCAUGGUGGCCUGCUAUGUGGCAGUGAUAAUCUUAGCAGAUCUGGCCAACCUGGCCAGCACCGCUCUGACCAUCACCAUCCAGAGAGACUGGAUUGUGGUCAUCACCGGGGACAACAGAAGCCAGCUUGCUGGGAUGAAUGCAAUGAUUCGAAGAAUGGACCAAAUCAUCAACAUCUUUGCCCCUCUCUCUGUGGGACAGGUGAUGACGUGGGCAUCUAACGUCAUUGGUUGUGGCUUCAUCCUGGGAUGGAACUUGGUGUCUCUGCUGGUUGAGUUCCUCUUUCUGUCGAAGGUUUAUCAGUUUGUCCCUCAGCUGGCUGCCAAACCUCGGCGGUGCACAGGGGACAGCUUUCUCAAAAGGCAACUGGAACUUGUCAGCUCUCAAGGGGAAAUUCACUCUUGCCCAGCCAUGGACGAGUUCGCCGACGUGCCCAAGACUUUGGAAGCCCCGGAGGACCAGCCGUCUCCUCUGGAAGCCCAGCAGGACGCGACUUCGCGGUUUCCCCUGGGCCUCGGGAAGAUGCGGAGAUUAGUGCGGACCUGCUGCGACGGCUGGAAGACCUACUGCAGGCAGACGGUCUUCUUGGCGGGGCUGGGGCUGGCCUUCCUGUACACGACCGUGCUGGGCUUUGACUGCAUCACCACGGGCUACGCCUACACCCAGGGCAUCGGGGGCUCCCUGCUCAGCCUGCUCAUGGCCAUCUCCGCCUUUUCGGGCCUCGUGGGCACUCUCCUUUUCACCAGGCUGAGGAGGUCCUAUGGCUUGGUGCACACGGGCAUCAUCUCCAGCUGCCUCCACAUCGGCUGUUUGCUGCUCUGUGUCUUUUCCGUGUUCGCCCCGGGGAGUCCCUUUGAUCUGGGUAUCUUCUCUCUUCCACUAAGCCAGAACUCUUCCCUAAGUCACAAGAUGCAGAAAGGGAGCCCAGUACAUGGUUCUCCCUUCGAGAGGAACAUCAACCAGCCUAUCCUUCCGGCCGCUCCACCAUCCACUGGACCAACAAUACCGUUCUGCUGGAUGGAGCCCAGGAGAGCAGCCAGCCCGAGUCCUACAUCUCCAUCAUCUUGCUCUUCUCAGGGGUGAUCCUGGCCAGAAUCGGUCUCUGGUCCUUUGACCUCACGGUAACUCAGCUCCUUCAGGAAAACAUCGCAGAUUCAGAACGCGGCACCGUGAAUGGCGUGCAGU